AUGAUUGAUGCUUUACUUGAUAUGCUAAAUAAUGUUCGUAAAAAAAAUAAUUUAAAAAACUUAGAAUGGAAUACCCAGUUAAUUAAUGCCGCAAGUAAAGAUGUGAAAAAAAUUUCUUUAAAUAAUAAAUUUGCUGAAAAUAAUAAUUCUAAAAAUUUUUAUCAUUAUGAACAACAAUAUUAUAAUGCUAAAGAUGAAAAUGAAGUUGUAAACGAAUUAUUAAAAACAAAUGAAUAUAAAAAAAUUUUAUUAGAUAAAAAAUAUAAUCAUUUUGGUGCCUCUUUUAAAAAUAAACAUUGGGUGUUAAUUUUUGGUCAACUUCAUGCUAAAGAAGAAAUUGAUAUCAAUCUUUUAUUAAAACAUCCUAUGAUGAAUGAAUAA